AUGGCAGAGAACGGGGAGGACAAGCUGCUCGCCGUCGUCCGGCACAUUACCAAGACACUGGGGAAGUCGGGUACCAUGACAGACGACAUCCUCCAGAUAUUUUCCAGCUUCGACGAUCGCCUCUCUCGCGAUAAGCUUUCCGAGAGGAUUGGCCGGGCGGCGGCCGCGGCCGAGGAAGAUGGCCCGCCUGGCUCCUCUGAUAUCAAGCGGGUGCUCCGAUCGCUAGAUCGUCAGAUCUCGCGCUUCGUCGCUUCCGAGCGCCCGAUUUGGUCCAACUCCGACGAGUCCAUGGCCUUUCUCGAUGCCGUUGACUCUCUCCUCUCCUUGAUCAGGGACAUGGAUUCGGUGACAUCCGAAGAUAAGAUGAUGAUCCAGCAUGCGGAGGACCUCAUCCACCAGGCCAUGAUCCGACUGAAAGACGAAUUCCGUGCCUUACUGGACAGCCAGACCGGUGGACGCCCUUCGGAUCCGAUUUCUUCGUCGUUCGAUUCAGAUGGAGAAGAUAGCGAGGGCGAUGAUCAGAUCCCCGUGGCGCAACCAGUCACAGACUACGAUGUCGUGAUCGACGCGCUCCCGUCUGGAACCGUCGCCGAUCUUCACGACAUCGCAAAACGCAUGGUCGCCGCUGGUUUCGAGAAGGAGUGCGCUCAAGCCUACAGCAUCUGCAGGAGGGAUUUCUUGGAGGAGAGUAUCUCUAGACUGGGGCUUCGUCUCAGGACAACUGAAGAAGUGUACGGCAUGCCAUGGCCGGACAUCGAGGAGGAGAUCGGGCGGUGGGUCAAGGUCAUCAAUGUAGCAGUCCGCAUCCUGUUUCCAAGCGAGCGCCGCCUUUGCGACCGUGUCUUUGCCGGGCUUGCGGCCGUGGCCGAUCUAUCUCUAGCCGAGGUCUGCCGUGGCCCCGCGAUGCAGCUGCUUGGGUUCGCCGAUGCGGUAGCUGUGGGGGGGAAAGCACCGGAGAGGUUAUUCAGGACACUGGACCUGUAUGAAGCCCUCCGCGAUUUGAUUCCGGAGAUCGACUUGGUCUUCCCCGAUCAGUACUGCUCGUUCAUCCGCUUCGAAUCAGGCACUACCUGCAGCAGGCUGGGGGGAGCUAUCAGAGGGAUCUUCACGGAGCUGGAGAACAGGAUCCGCCGGGAUCCAGUCAAGUCUGCCGUCCAGGGCGGCGGCGGCCACCAUCCGAUCACGCGGUACGUCCUCAACUAUCUCCGCGCUGCGUGCGAAUCUCGACAGGCCCUGGAGGUGAUCAUGUACGAGGAUGAGGGAGGACCGGUCCCCGGGGAUCAGGAAAUUCUCUCCUCCUCCCUCUCUGUUCGGAUCGCCUGGACUAUGGAUCUGCUUCAGGAGAACCUUGACGCCAAGUCCAGGGUCUACGAAGCUCCAGGACAGAACUUCGUGUUCCUGUUGAACAAUGGAUGGUACAUCAUACAGAAGGUGAAGGACAGCGAAGUCCGCCUGCUCCUUGGGGAAGACUGGAUCAGGCGGCAGAUUGUCAGGGUGCGGCAGUGGCGCAACAGCUACCAGAAGGCAACAUGGGGCAAGGUAAUUGAGGUCCUCCAAAUCGCGGGGCUCUCAGGAUUGUCGUCGUCCUUGGUGGUCAGAUCCCUGCGGGACAAAUUGCAUAUGUUCAAUGUGUACUUUGAGGAGAUUUACAGGACGCAGAAAGGAUGGGUCGUGGUUGAUGAGCAUCUCAGGGCAGACCUCAGAAAAUCUGUAAUGCAGGCCGUGCUACCGGCGUACCAGAGGUUCUUGGAGAGGUUGAUGUCGUUGGAAGCAGCCAAGGACUUGGAGAAGUAUGUGAACUACUCCGUAGAUGGUGUUGAGGCCUGUAUCGGUGAGCUGUUUCAGGGGAACCUCAGGAGUUAG